AUGUUAUUAAACAAUUCGGAAGAACUUGCACCACUUUCGGAAGCUGAUGAUGUUAAUGUUCAACAAGCAUCAUUGAAUUCUGAAUUAUCACUCGAGGAAAUGUACAAAUUACAUUUAAAAGCAAAGGAUCAUGAAGUGGAUAUUGAACAAUUGAUUAAUCAUGAUGAACAGGUUAAGAAGGAUGGAGGAAUUUAUUUGUUUGGUUAUGGAAGUUUGAUUUGGAAAGUUGGAUGGUCUUAUAAACAUAAAUGUAAGGGAUUUAUUAAAGGAUACAAGAGAAGAUUUUGGCAGCAGAGUAGAGAUCACAGAGGAUCAUUUGAAUUUCCUGGCAGAGUUUUGACAAUAAUGAAUGAUUCAGAUUAUAGAGAGCAAGUGACCAAGUUUGGAUCUGAUACACAUGUUGCAAGAGAAGAGGCUGAAUUUGAAAGAAAAGAUACAGAUCUAUAUGGAAUGUGUUAUCUGAUUUCAAAUGAGGAAGCAAUUGAGAUUUUCAAGGAUUUGGAUUAUAGAGAAAAGGGAGGAUAUUAUAGAAAGUUUAUUCCUUGUAAUUUAAUUCAUGAAAAUGGAGAGAGUGAAAUUAAGAAUGUAAUUGUAUAUGUGGGUUCUACCAAUCAUGAUGAUAAUACCGAAUUUUUGGGUCCUACAAUUCAUGGAUUGAGUGACGAUGGUAAAAUUAUCUCAGUUGCUAUUGGGCCAAGUGGUAAAAACUCUGAGUAUUUAUUUCAGUUAGUCGACAAGAUGAGAGAAGUAUUUGGAGAGGAACAUGUCGAUCAGUAUCUGUUAGCAUUGGAAAAGGAUGUCAAAUCUCGUCUUGAAUAA